GCGCAAGGAUUGUAUAUAGCCUUAUAAACUACAAUUCUAAGGCGUUGCUAGACCAUCGUAGUUGGGGUGGGCGAGUCUUUGAGCGUGGUUGGGUGUACGCAUUUACUUCAUGUGCUAUAACGUAGGCUACUGUUCAAAUUCAUUGAUCACAAGCGGGUCAGGUUAAGUUCACCCGUUGAAGAGUGAUGAAUUCUCAGCAGCUGUCCUGAAAAUACAGCUCUUCAUCUUUCGCUCUGCGUCGUCAUGAGGUGGCACUUUGUAUGUCCAGGUCACUAAAUCAAGAGACUCCGACGAGCUUUGAGAUGCAGAUAACCGCUGCAUCCAAGUUCAGCCGUUAAUCUCGCCCCUUCAGGCGCGUAAUAGUAUACCGGGUAGACGCAACUGCAAAAAACGUGCGCGAUAUGUCCUGCACUGGUAUGCGUUUAAUUAACUAGUUAGCCACAUCUUAUCUUAGAACAAAGGGCUAAUUUCUUAUACAAUCCAGUAAUUUACCCGAGUAUACCUUGGAUUUUGAAGCUGCAAUUAUGUCCGUUGCUCCUCUUUAUUGCCUCCGAAUAGGCUCUUUGCUUGUGCUUGUCACGUCCACCAGCGUUCAGAGCACUGGGCCGAUGCAGCUGUUCGCCUCUGCCGGUCCGCCCCAGCCGAUCCUGGGCCUCGAGGAUCACCAGGCUGCCCUGCAGGAGAUCCCUGCUGUACCUGCUCUCAUGGACAGUUCCCAGGAGGGCUCUGGGUUCUUCAGUGAGGACAGUGAAGAGAAUAAGGCUCCUCAGGCACUGCGACAGUGGGAGGGCCAAGGGGACAUCAACUCCAGUCUGGACACAGAUUCCCUGAUAGGUUACAAUCCAUCUUCCCCUGGGCCCUCAUCAGUUUCCCUCCGCAGCGAACACAAAGAUGUGAACUUGUCAUUGCCUUUCUUCGCUGCCCCUACAUCCGAUGCUAUGGAUGCAGAUCGGUGGGAGGGUGACUCGGAGGCCAGCGGUUUUCCAUCGCACCCCUCCUUGAGCCUGUCCACAGCAGCUGCUGGACCCCUUCUUGAGGCAACCACCACUAUCACCAAGCUCUUUGGCUGGGGAAGCCCCCUACCGGAGGCCGCAGCUGGCUCUGACGUCCCCUCCCCUCCCAGGCGGGCUUUUGAUGAGGAGAGGAAGAACCUCCUGACGCUGGCGCCCACUGUGCCUGAGGUGGGCUUGGUCCCCAGCCGGGCACCCUUGCAGCCUGACGAGGCACAACGAGAGAGCUCAGAGGAGCAGAGUGAAGAGGAGGAGGAGCUUGUGGCAUUCCCCACCGAGAUAGACGGAGAGGAGGAAGAUCAGUGGAUGCGGGGAACAGCGCUCACCAUCGAGCCAUCUAGCACGCCAGCGUCGGACAUUCCCAUUGUGGCGUUUAGCGAGACCGUAUGGCAGGAUGUAGGUGCCACCAAAGGGGAAGAGGAGCAUGGCGAGGAAGAGGAAGAGGCUGAGCUUCGUCAUGGCGGUACCGAGUACCUUUCAGAGACGGAUUUGCAUGACUCCCAAGAGGAAGUACAGGUCAUUUGCGUUGACUGGAGUGAUCUGGCUGGAAAAGGGUACGUCAUCCUCAACAUGUCGGAUAAUUAUGAUUGCGACGAGUUUCGUGUAGAGAACGGUGACAGGCUCUUGGAGAUGCUUGAGAGCACAUUCUCCAGGAGGAUGAACAGUCCUCAGGGCUCAUGGCUCAUCUCACUGAGCAAACCAACCAGGCAGGACCACCAGCUUCUCAUGACGUUAGCCAACGAACAGGGUGUCAUUGCCACCAAAGAUGUGCUCUCAAUGCUGGGGGAGAUAAGGAGAGGCUUAGAUGAGAUUGGCAUUCAGAACUUCUCCAGCGUGAGCACUUGUCACUCGAGACCCAGCCAGCCUCGCAGCGACUACGGCAAGCUCUUCAUCGUGCUGGUGGUCAUUGGCUCCGUGUGCCUGACCAUCAUCGCGUCGGGCCUUGUCUACAUCUGCUGGCAGCGUCGCCUGCCCAAGACGAAAAACAUGUCACGAGGAGAGGAGCUCCAUUUUGUGGAAAACGGCUGCCAUGACAACCCCACGCUGGACGUGACUAAUGACGGCCAAUCAGAGAUGCAGGAGAAGAAGCAAAGUGCCAAUGGUGUGCCAGUCGGCAGCGGAGGGGGGAGUGGCUGGCAGGUACUGGUCAACAAGCCAGGGAAGGAGGAAGAAGACAAUCAAGAGGAGGACACCCACCUUUAACAAGGAGGAGAGUAGAUGAAAACAAACCUGUUGUGAAAAGAAGGUAUUGCACCAUGGAUGACUGUGGCACAACUGCUUUUUUGAAAACAUCUGCUGCAUAUUUAAAGUGAUGUCUUUUGGCUUGUAUGGUCUUUUAUUUAUCUGCACCACCCAUGGUACAGUUAAGAUAGACUGCAAAGUACUUUGAAAUGUAGUCAUUAUGGAAUGGGUUUGAUCCCUUAGUAGUGCAAGCAGAGAGGCAUCAGUAAAACCUGACCAUAUUGAUCUUUAAAUUUUGUUAAUUUAUGAGCCUUAUUUUAAGGAGCAUGAACCUAUAGCUGCUACUUAUCUGUAGACAAUGAAAAUAAGUUUUCCCCCCAGACGACUGAAAUUUGCCAAAAUUCAGAUUCUUUCAAAUAAUCUGUCUCAUCACAUCUUGCACUGUAAAAAUGAAAAACAACAGAAUGGUAUCUCGAAGAAUGUUAAAGCAAUGUAUUCCAACUAGCUACUACAGUAUGAGGAUAUUACAUUAUAUUUAUAUGGAUGCAUCUAGUUAAAUUAUUUGAAGCAGUACAUUAUAACAUAGUGUUCACCAUGUUAAAAUACAGAUCUGAAGCCUACAUGCCUUGCUGUUUAUUUACUUGUGGGAAUGGCCGCUCUGAAAAUGAUCAGUUUUCAACGUUCUGUGUUUUCAGUAUUACAGAUAAGAUAUUCUUGAAUGCUACCAACACCAAUAUGUGUUAGAUAAAAAAAUUGCACUGAAGGCGGCCAAAUUGUGAAAGUUACAUUUCUGACGGUUUUGUCAAAGGAGACUAAACACAUUAAUUUACAAAGGAGUCUAAGCCUCUGGUUUGUGCAUAUUUACCAUCUUUGAAGUGUUGUGGUUUAGCAGAAUGACAUUACUAUACAUUCACCUGUCACUUGAGUGAUCAGUGAAAAAAAUCAGUUCCCUGUGGUUUACAGUACAGCUAACUCACUAUAUUUGCUAAGAAAAUGUGUAAGGUUUAUUUGAACCAAUGACAUGCUCUCACUAUCUACUGCAUAUCACAAGUGACAGUUUGUAUGUAACCUGCUCAUUUUAAGUGCAUGAUGCCAUUGUAGUAAUACACCCUAAAUACAUAUCAGGGGUCAACAGUAUUGAAUCUAUUCUAACAAUGGCUAGUGUCAGAGAUCUAGUGGCUGUGAGCAAACCUAGAUGUUCUUGAUAAUUUAGUAUACUGAUUUUCUGUAUGUUAUACACAUGCAUUGUUUAGAAACUUGACUGAUUAUGAAAUUGGUGAACUAGAGAGGCUGAUAAUCAUAGAGUAAGCAUAGUUUUUGUAUUCUACAGUACCUGUACAGUUAUGAGAGCUCUUUGCAAAUUGCACUUUUUCAUUUUCAUGUUUCUCAAUUGCUUUGUAUGAAGAAACUCUCAGCUGCUUUGUAUGGAAAGUUUGUACAGAGAACUUGUCAUUGUGUUAUUUAAUGUAACUUUAGGUUUGACCAUUUUGAAAUGCAAGAAAAUAAACGUUAUGAGAAGUUAAA